UAUAUCGUCUGGACAGGAUCAAGGCUCAACGCAGGGACACUCGGUUUACAGUUCAUCGUACAGGGUCCUAAGAAUCCGGAUUACGUCAUGGAUCGCAUAGAGGCAUUCAUUGAGAAAAUUCGGGAAACUAUAGUACAAAUGCCGCAAGAGGAAUUCGAACAGCAGACGGCAGGUCUUAUCACCCGAUUGCUUGAAAAACCUAAAACAUUGGGUGGAAGGUCAAGACGGUUUUGGAGCGAAAUUGAGUGCAGAAUGUAUGAUUUUGAGAGAUAUGAGUCGGAAGUGGCAGAACUACGUAGUGUCACUAAAGACGAAUUACUGCAGUAUUUUGAUAGGAAGUUUGCCAGAUCUGCGUCGCAAAGGAGAAUGAUUGCUGUAUUUGUCCAUGGCAAAGAUGAAUCCAAAGAUGGUAUGAUUGAGAAGAUAAGGACAAAAAGAGAUAUCACUUCGGGCGAGACAGUACUGAGAUAG